GCACGCUUUCGACUGCCAUCGCUCAAAUCUCGUUUGAUGGCAGAGAUGAUCGACGCUCUCAUUAUCUUCAUCAUCAAAUUUUACCUUAUUUAUCUCAUGGAGAAGUCCGAUGACUUUCAUAAAUUCACUAAUUCCCUUCCACGGGAGAUUCUUAACUUUAUACCUGGCUAUCGUAUACUGAUGACGUUUUGCUCAAUGACACAAAUCUACCUCGAAGUCAUGCAAAACGACGGCAUCUUCGACUUGAAACGUUUCCAUGAGGAGGUAAUGUUUGCUAGCCGGAAUGAUCCGUCUGCGCUGUCGGACGCCAUCAGUCUCGUACUCUGCCUUAUAUUUGAGGUCUAUUUCGUAAGUAAAUCAGUAUUCGACUUCGAGCCCGGCGGUUGCUCCUUGGGGAAGUAUUUGCUGGAUCUUCGAGUGCUGUCCUGCAAUCGCCGCAUUAAUCUGCCGGACGCGGUCGACAUAAUUCCCGCUGGCAACCCUGGCAUCUGCAGAUCUAUUAUUAGAGCAAUUUUGAAGAACUCCGGCAUAUCAAUAUGGUCCUCUCUGUUGCAAAUAGCUCUCACUGGAGAUCCUGUUUUCAGCUACGACCUCUUGGCGGGCACCAUCGUCGUCCAGCUCCCCGAAAUAGAUCAACCAGAGUAA